GCGUAUGAACGCUUGGUAUGUUCUUCCUUUAACGUCAUCAGUUAGAUAUUUCUUCCUUUAAAAUGUAUUAUAUAUAUAACCGUGUAUGUAGAUUGUAGGUAGUUGUUAUAGUCAUUGUCGUAGUACGUAUCUGAAAUAAAGUUGUGUGAAAUUUACUGGUUGUCACGAUUGAAUGAAGAAUAGAAUACAGUCCCAAGUUAAGCGAGCAUGGAAGACCUAUAUACUAGCGGGGUUUCCACAACAUAGUGGUCCUUCGAGCCGGAUAGUGAACUAGAAGAGUACAACCAGGUAAAUAUGACGGAUUUAGCGAAGCAGAAAAAGAUACGUGGAGGACAUCGAGGACACGCAAAAAAGCUGAUUGGAGAGAUCCAAGGAAUAUUGGAGAAUGAUGCGAAUGAGAAUCGUUACGAGUUAGAGCAGUUGAAGGACGCCUUAAUCGCGAAAGUGGACGUUCUCAAGGCUCUCGAUGAUUCUGUGUUAAAAUUAAUGGAGGAUUCGAAGGAAAUUGACGAAGGGGAGUUCGGGCAGGAACUGUCUGAUGCGAGCGACUGCCAGUUAAAGUAUCGAAAGGUAGUUCAUCUUGCAGAAAUGAAGCUAAAUGAAGUGUCAUCGGGUAGCGUUACUAGCGUAGUUAAUAUAGCAGGAACGGUCAGUGACGUGGCCAGUACAAACGUUGCCAACGGUGGAAAUAUUGCGACGGAAUCCUCGUCAGUUGAGAACUUCGAAGAGACGACGAUAUCGACAUCACCAACGCAGCCUGUACAACAAACGAGUGGAAGUGUACGUGUGAAACCGCCUAAACUCGAGGUAAAAAAGUUUAAGGGAAGCGUUUUCGAGUGGCAAGAGUUCUGGGAUGCAUUUGAGAGUUCAAUUCACACGAAUGUCGGGUUGUCAGACGUCGAUAAAUUCUCUUAUUUGAAAGGACUUGUUGAAGAGCCAGCGAAGUCAGCAAUCAGUGGAUUUUCUUUGACUGCCGCGAAUUAUGGAUCUGCUGUGGAGCUUUUAAAACGGAGAUUUGGGAAACCUGUCACAAUACAAAGAGCUCAUAUUAACGAGCUAUUAAAUCUACAGGGAGUGUACAAGGAGCGAGAGACGGGGAGGUUGAGAGCGUUAUAUGACAAAAUAGAAUGCCAUUAUAGAGGAUUAGUUGCGUUGAAAGUGGGCGAAGCUACGUAUUCGAGUAUUGCUGUGCCUUCUCUUCUCGAAAAGUUGCCAGAAAGCGUACGAUUGACCAUCACCAGGGGUGCGGAUUUUAAAAACUGGACAAUGACAGACUUGUUGGACCAAUUUCGCGUUGAAUUGGAGUUACGAGAAGAAGCUGUAGUCCUUGUCCCUAACGAUGGACGCCAGUCUGGGUAUGGAAAACGAGAAACAAAUGUAUAUACGAACUCUGCUCUGUUUGCUGGCUGGGGAAAGGGAGUUUGUGCAUUUUGCCGAGGAAGUCACAACCAUGAAGCUUGCCAGAAGGUGAAGGACACCAGAGAACGUAAGAGUAUUUUACGAAAAUAUUCUAGAUGCUUUAAUGGUUUAGAUAAGGGUCACUUGGCCAGAAAUUGCAUGAAUAAAGUAGUUUGCAAUAGUUGUAAGGGACAACAUCACACAGCUUUGUGUGAGAAGAAAAACACUGAACGGGACGACGAUAAGGAGGGUAAAAACCAGCAUGAGGGCCCCAAGGAUGUAGUAAACCCAAGUAAUAUGACAUUUGUAGGUACUAGUUGUAGGAUUGCGUUGCAAGCGGCACAAGCGUUAGUUAAGGGCGAAAGGCAGCGCCGCGUAAGGGCACUCUUCGAUUCAGGCAGCCACAAGUCAUAUGUUACCGCUAAAACUGCGAAUCUAGCGGGGUUAAAGGUUCUGCGCAAGGAAUUGUUAGGCUUAAGCACGUUCGGCCAGAAAGCCAAGGAGACGGAAGUUAGGGAAGUUGUUCGCGUUGACGUAAACCCUCUAGGUAGUGGCAAGGUGCUCACUCUCGAGGCUUACGUGGUGCCGGUAAUUUCACGCGUAAGGAAUGAGCACAUUGAGGUUGUCAAGCACAAUUUUCCUCAUCUGAAGGACCUUUGGUUUUCAGACGUUAACAAAAGCGCGCAUGAGUUAGAGAUAGAUUUGCUUAUAGGUUCGGAUAAUUUGUGGAAUUUCCAGCGCGGUCGUAUAGUAAGGGGGGAGCCCGAUGAACCCGUAGCGUUAGAGACCGAAUUAGGGUUUGUGUUGUCUGGACCGUUGAAGGGGAAACGUGGGGAUGACAAUGAUGGGACAUUGGUGAGUUUUGUUGCUUCAACAAGCAUGGGUGGUAUAGCACAUGUUGGGAACGUUACUUUGGAUGAUGCGGUGCAUAGAUUGUGGGAUUUGGAUAGUUUGGGUAUUAAGGAGACGGACGAGGUUUACGAGGCGUUUGGGGAUAGCAUAAGAUUUGAUGGUGUGAGAUAUUCUGUUAAACUACCAUGGAAAGUAGGCCAUGCAACAUUACCAACUAACUAUGAACUCAGCUUAUCUAGAAUGAAAAGCCAAGUCAAGAGGUUAAGAAAGCAACCAGAUAUUUUGGUAGAGUAUGAUAACAUAAUUAAACAGCAAUUAGAUGCAGGUGUGAUUGAGCGAGUGCCAGAAUUAGAUACAGCUGAGAAAGUUCACUAUUUACCACAUCAGGCAGUAGUGAGACAGAACGCGCAGACUACAAAGGUUAGGGUAGUUUACGACGCUUCAGCAAAGGAUUUAAAAAGUAACACUUCUUUAAAUGAUUGUUUGCAUAUAGGUCCCUCACUUAACCCAUUAUUGAUAGACAUAUUAUUGCGAUUUAGGGUAAAUAGGGUAGCUUUAGUCGCGGAUAUUGAAAAAGCAUUUUUGAAUGUCGGAGUAGACAAAGACGAUCGCGAUUGUUUAAGGUUUUUAUGGCCAGAUGUUCCAAACGACAGCAAGUCAGAGGUAAGUGUUUAUCGCUUUUGUAGAGUUGUUUUCGGAGUAAACGCUUCGCCAUUUUUGCUUAACGGAACACUAAGGCAUCAUUUGUCUAAGUAUGAGAAAGAAGAUCCAGCGUUUGUUAAGAAAAUGUUAGAGAGUUUUUAUGUUGACGAUUUAGUUUCAGGUGAAAAUUCGAGCACUGAGGCCUAUGCGCUAUUUCAAAAGGCUAGCGAAAGGAUGGCGCAAGGCGGAUUUAAUUUGCGUAAGUGGUUGACGAAUGACGCGCAAUUAAGAGAUAAGAUAUCGAUAGGUAGUGACGCAAAACAUGAUUGCGUGGGCGGAAAUGCUGAGGAAACCUUUGCUAAAACGUCCUUAGCUGUGCAUGGGAGUCUAAUAGGACAAAAGAUUUUAGGAUUAGCUUGGAAUUGCGAAACCGACAUGCUCAGUUUCGAUCUUACAAUUGUAAGUAGAAGAGCCGUGAAUGCACCAUCAACGAAACGUACAAUGUUAAGUUUAUUGGCAUGUCUUUAUGACCCCUUAGGAUACUAUAGUCCGGUUACAGUAAGCAUGAAAAUACUUUUUCAGCAAUUGUGUUGUGCUAAGUUAGAUUGGGAUGACGAGCUAAGCGGGGAAGCUAAAACUAAGUGGGAAAAUUGGGUUGACGAUUUAAAUAGAGCCAGGGAAAUAAAAAUUCCCAGGUGUGUUUAUGAAAAAUCAGACAAGCAUGUAAUAGAAUGUUUUCUUCAUGGGUUUGGAGAUGCCAGUAAGGCAGCGUAUAGCGCUGUGGUAUACUUAGUUUAUAAAACACAAGACGGAUCUCGCAGGGUACGAAUGUUAGCGAGUAAAUCAAGGGUGGCGCCUUUGAAAACAUUAACCAUCCCCAGGUUGGAGCUCAUGUCAGCUAGAAUAUUAGCACAACUAAUGAAUUCUGUGGGAAAGGCCUUGGAGUCUCAGUUAAGUUUGAGUGGUAGGAAAUUUUGGCUGGAUAGUAAAACUGCCUUAUGUUGGAUUCGAAACAAAGGCGAGUGGAAGCAAUUUGUCCAGCACAGGGUCAAUGAAAUCCUACGUUUAACGGAUAAGGCAGAAUGGGGACAUUGCCCGGGAGAGGAAAACCCAGCUGAUAUAGGAUCCCGAGGAACCACUGCGACUAAUUUAAAAGAGUCUAGAAAAUGGUGGGAAGGCCCAGCUUGGCUUUUGCAAGAUGAGAAAAAUUGGCCCACAUCAGUGCAUGAGGAGCAAACAACCCCAGAAAGUAUUCAGGAAGAAAAAAGGCACGCCACCAUACUGACAGUUAUUGCAGAACCUAACGUAGGCACAGUUUUAGAUGUUUCUAAAUCUAGCAGUUUUGAGAAAGUUGUACGAAUCAAUGCAUGGGUGAUGCGAUUUGUUAGUAAUAUGAAAGCUUUGACCACAAAAACAACGAGAAAAACAGGGAUUUUAAGCGUCGAAGAAUUACUUGAUUCUGAGAAGAAAUUAAUUAUUUCAGCGCAAAUUGAGUUAAAAGGUCAGUCUAAUUUUCGGCAAUUAGUAAAAAAUUUAGGGUUAAAAACCGAAGAAGGAAUAUUGCGCUGUCAAGGUAGAUUGUUAAAUUCCGAUUUAGAUAUUGAUAGUAAAAAACCGAUUAUUUUACCAAGAAACCAUCAUUUGACACGACUUAUUGUAGAGGAAAGCCACCGUAAAGUACAUCACGGUGGUGUGAGAGCCACAUUAGCAGAGGUCCGAAGUAAGUUUUGGGUCCCAAAGGGGAGGCAAUAUGUGAAAAAGUUGUUAAGCAAGUGUACUGUAUGUAAGAAAUUGACGGGUAAACCGUACAAGGCUCCAGAAGCUGCAGCUUUGCCAGAAUUUCGCGUAAAACAGUCACCUCCAUUCGACAAGGUAGGUGUAGACUUUGCAGGUCCCUUGUAUGUUAAGCAAGGCAAAAGUAUGCGAAAGGUUUACAUAGCGUUAUUUUCAUGUUGCGUAACUAGAGCACUCCAUUUAGAAUUAGUUGAAGACUUGUCUGCCCAAACUUUUAGAAGAUGUCUGAGACGAUUCACUGCAGCGCGGGGAAAUCCAUCUAUAAUCGUGUCGGAUAACGCUAAAACGUUUAAAGCAGUAGAAAAGACACUGAAGCAUUUAUUUGAUCACCCAGAAGUGAAGUCAGAUUUAGAGGUACGAAGGAUAGAAUGGAAAUUCAAUUUAGAGAGAGCGCCGUGGUGGGGAGGAUUUUUUGAGCGAAUGGUGAGAAAUGUGAAAGUUUGUCUUAGGAAG